AUGGGCACGAAGCUCGAUACAUUGCCAGUCGAGAUCAUUCGGGAAAUCUACAGGCAUCUUCUUUGUCCGGGCAUCAUCACAGUGCAUCAGUUACCCCGAGAUGAGCCGGAGAACGACAACGGACAAGUCCCUAGUGAGGGGCGCGAAAUGCGGAUUGAGGCAUCUCAGAAUUGCAACGCUUUGGGAUACAACCGCAUCUUGGACCAGGCUUUCAUUACACACGAACAAGCGUGA